AUGUUGACGCCAGAAGGUCCGUGGGGAGGUGUACGAAGCGGCUCGGGACGGAAGCUGCUUUUGCCUCAAAGCUGGUUGGUAUCCAAAGGAAGAGAGAAAAAGACAAAGAAACAGUGGAAUGAGGAUCACAGACGGAUAACUGUGGCGAGAGAUGUUUAUGAAAGCUGGAGGAAAAUUAAGUGUAUGUGUGCGUAUUCGUCAGACACAGCCUUUGCUCAACAUCUUUUGUCCUUGGAGAUGUGACGAAGAGCAGGGUAAGUCACUUCAGUUUUAUCCAUUUAACAUAAUAUCUUUUCUCCCCCCUUAGUUUAUACACGUAUCAUAAACAUAUAUCUCUCCCUCUAGUUUGCUUGGGAUUGUGGCUUCCAAAAGUGGAGUGCGUGGCCGUGGAACCAAAGAAGCUCCUUUGAGUGUUCAAAGCCCGCGGAAGCGUCUUGAUCUGGGAUCGUCUGGCGAAAUCCAAGGUAAUCUUUGUUCACUUACGGAAAACUCUUCCUUAUAAGCUAUCUAUUUGCUUUCGUUUUGCAGUUGCUUUAUGUUUUUUGGCUAGUCUUCGAAGACGUUGACAUUCCUUUUUAUCCUGGAGUAACAUCUACUCCUUCCAAGUGUCGAGACGUGCCAAUGCAGAAAACUCCCGUAGUUUUACAGAACAGCAGGUACUUUGAUUAUAUAAUUCACCAGUCACUUGUGUAUAUGUACCCUAAUUCUGAGAAACUUGUCUUUGAUACCUUACAUUAGUUCUUUGCUUAUAUUACUACUCUGCUAGCCUUAUGGGUGAAUGGAAGACAAACAUGUAGGCUAAUCAGUUGCUGAUUUUGACAGUCAUUUCUGUUUGCAAAUUAUGUCUGUCACGAAUUUUAUGAUCAUUAUGAUCAUCCUGUCACUGCUUGCAUCACUUUAACCAGUGAGUUUCCAGACAAGCAAAAGAUAAUCACUAAAUUCAUCUUUUUACCAUCUAAAUAUACACCGUGAUAGGUGAAUUUUGUGUGCUGUAAUACUGCAGAUACAUAUACAUAUACAUCACAUCAAUAGAAAAGAUGUUUUGCAACAUUUUGUGUUAUUUAGAUCUUUCAGCUGUUGGUUGUUGCUUCCUUUGAAGCUUUGAUGCAGAGGUUGAUGUCACUGGCAGUGAAGUAACCACUGUUGGUGAUACGAGUUUCAUUGUACAGGAAGGAGAGGUCACUAUUUUACACAAUAAGGAUGAUCAAGACAGUGAUUCAUACAGCGACACAAGUAGUGACAGUGAUGAUCCAACAUUGUACGUUGCUGUUUCUUUUGUUUUUUAUUUUCAGAUGUAAUUAUUUCUUUGUGGCUCUGUUUAUGACUGUCAAAGUUGAUGUAAACUCUAGAACUUAUUUCAUUGUUGUCCCCAGGCUGAAAUCUAGAUUCGGCACUCUAACAGAUUUUGAAGCAAGUCUAGAAAACAAAGACACAUAGUUUUCUCAAAGGCUCAGAAAAUUAUAAAGUGCAACACUUAGUUGUGGUUACUGAAACACGAUGACUAUUUUUACAUGCAUGUAAGCUAUCUCGCUAGAUCUGUAGUGCUUGUCAAAACCUCUGGGGAUAGGAAUUUGUUUUGUGAUGUCUUUUAUGAGGCUAGUGAAUGUAAAAUUAAUAUUGUUAUCGGUAAGAUGGACCUUUAAUACUUUGAUGUAAGUUUAUUUUUAGUUAUAUAUGUAUUUUCUUUUUCCAUCACCCUUAGUGAUUUGAACUUUUCAUUUUUCUGUUAUAUACAGGGCUGUCACUAAGAUUUCAAGAUGCAGGAUACAUGCUAUUAGUAGGCAACGACUUAAACAGCUAUGAAGUUCUUUUGGGUUUAUUUGUUUGUUAGUUCUGUUGGACAUACUCAUACACUGUAGCAGUAGUGACAGCCCUAUCUAAGUGAACAGUAUCAGUGGAAUCCACUGAAAAUAAAACCUGUACUGUAGUCUUUCAUUUAUUAAAUGAGGUUUGUGGUAUUCAUUGCAAAUAUUAGAGUCGUAAAUUAAGAUAUUUUUCUUUUCAUUUCUUUAGACACACUGGUGCUUUGGAGUGUGCUAAUAGCAUGUCUCUUAUGUACACAUCUAAGAAAGUGUCAUUCACGUAAGUCACAUUAUUUCACUGGAAUUUUUUUUUAUCUUUGUGCAGCAUGGUUUAAGCCAACAGUUAAAUGUGCUAUUCAUAAAUGAACGGCAAUAAAUAACACUAUGUCAUAUUUGACCUGCAUUGUUAGAGGUCACAUAAAAUGUUUACGUUAAAAUCCUCCCUUGGGCUGUAAAACUGGUCCAUAACAACAUUAUAAUUUUAAUUCUUGUUAUUCAUGUGUCUGAGCACACUGGGUUCAUUUACUAGCAAAUGAACUGGAUUGGACAACUUACUUUCGGACAUUCUAUUGGUAUUUUUUUUAGUGGUCUUAUACACCUAAAAAAAUUGUGUGAAGUUUUAUCAUCAUCACUAUUUCAACUUAUUGCAAGGUACAACUGUAGCUUAUCUUGCAUGUUCCCUGGUAUAUAGAAUUUCUUCAUCUGACAUAUUCCAUAACUUCUAGGAAAAACGUUUACAGAGCAAGGAAGAAGCUGACUGCUAUAGAUUGGAACUACCACAAUGAUCUGCCAAAUGCCACAAAUGAUGCUGAGACUAUUAACACAAGAAAGUAUAAUCAAAGGACGAAAUCUUGGGAUGUGGGGACAGUGAAAGUGUCCAAAGACUACGGAUACAUUUGGAUUCUAAUGGCAAAGAUUUUCAAACUUCGAGUUGAUGAUGAUGAUUCAAACGCACGGGAGGUUCCACUAAAGGCUGAUGAUCCGAGACUCAUUGCUCCCACGAUUGGAGAAAGUGAACCUCCUCUAUCUCAUGAGCUCCUUGCAAGAAGGAGGAGUAGAUUUUCACAAUUUUCACAAACAAGUAGCUGA